AUGGCUGCACUAAACCCUCCAGAGGGUCAGUCACAGGAGAUGUUCUUCCUCAGCAGAAUGAGGGAGGAGUUAGAAAAUCAGCCUGACAUCAUUCUGCCUGAGGGGACAGUGACGAGUGUCCUUUCCACGGCCCUGUCUGUCGCACACAGCAUGUCCCCUGCGAAGGGUGGGGGCAGCAGCUCAGAGGCGGCCAGUGUCCUCCUGAAAGUCUCUGAAAGGCUGGUGUCGGCCCUGGUCGAGCCCACGCAGACACAGUCCACAAAAACUGUGAAGACGCCUGCCAUGGGAUCUGCUGCUGCUGUGUUCAUGUCUGUUAAUGGGAUGGAGAAGCUUAUGAGCUCCAGUUUCUUCAAGACUGAAAACGUCACAGAAAUGUACUCUGACAUCAUCUCUGCCACAUUGCCCAAAACCAAUGACACAAAGCUCCCUGAGCCUGUUAACUUCACACUCCUCCACAAAAAGGGAAACCCCCAGCCUGGGCUGCUGACCUGUGUGUACUGGGAGGACAGGGGGGUGGAGAAGCAGUGGUCAGUGGAGGGGUGCACAGCCUCCUUCUCCAAUGAGAACUACACAGUAUGCAGCUGCUCCCACCUCUCCACCUUCGCCCUGAUCCUGCAGACGGCAGAGGGUGGUGAAAAGGACAGCCAGCUGCUGGAGUUGGUCAACCUGGUCUGUGUGUGUGUGGGCCUGGCCUUCCUCGGCCUCGCCAUCCUCUCCUUCCUGCUCUGCAGCUGGAACCCAAAGAUCAACAACACCGCCCGCCUCCACCUCUGUAUCUGCCUCUUCCUGGCUCAGCUGCUCUUCCUGGUGGGCAUGUCUCAGACUAAGAAUGCGCUGGUGUGCUCAGCCAUUGCCGGCAUUCUGCACUUCUUCUUCCUGUCCGGCUUUGUGUGGAUGCUGCUGGAGACAGUGCAGCUCUACCUGCUGGUCAGGGGCCUGACCAAGGUGCAGGUCAUCCAGAGGGAGGGGCUGAGAAGGCGUUACCUGCUGCUGAUUGGCUAUGGAGUUCCUCUGACCUAA